AUGAAUUUCAAAUCCCUAUCUACUUUACUUUUAACAGUUCGUCAGUACAGGAAGUAUUUGAACAGGUUAGUCAACUCACUAGGUCCAAUACACAGAGCUCAGGGUUAUCUGGGUCGUCUUGGGAAAGAGAGUGCUAAAUCCACUAUUAUUAUUUGUGCACAUUAUGAUACGAUUUCAGCAAUCCCUAGUUUGGCUUAUGGAGCCGAUGCAAAUGGUAGUGGUGUGGUUAUCUUACUGGAACUUGCUCGUCUAUUAUCACGUCUCUACGUAAAUGAAGCUAAUAAGUUGCCAUAUCAAAUUGUUUUCCUUUUAACUGGUGGUGGAAAAUUCAACUUUGUUGGUUCCAAACGAUGGCUUGAUCAAAAUAUUGAAGAUUCUGUAUUACUUUACAAUCAUCAUCAAUCACCAAGUAAUAAUGAAUCCAACAAUAAUACCAUUCAAAUGAUUCAUAAAAAAAUCAAUUUAAAUCAAGAAAUUUUAGCAUGGGAACAUGAACGUUUCUCUAUACAUCGUUUACCUAGUUUAACAUUAUCUAAUUGGCCAUCUGUACAAAUUGCAAAUCACUGGCGUCAAACAUCUUUAGAUGGUAUUCAUAUUAUCAAUAAGAAUAAUAAUAAUAAUCAUAUAUCAAUGGAUCUUUCUAAUCAAACUACUCUACAUUAUGGUACUGUUCAUUCAGCUGUAUUAGCUCGAAAUACUCGUGUUAUUUUAGAAGCUCUACUACGUGUUCUAUAUGAUAUACAUUCAAAUCAGUCAAAUAUCAUGAAUAAUUCACCAAUUGUUGAAUCUCAUGAUGAUGAAAAUGAAGCGCAUUCAUGUGAGUUAACGAAAUCAAAUUCAUUUGUAGUUAUUACUAUACUCUUGGAAAUUUAA